AUGACUGAGCGAUGGAUCUCGCAGAAGAAGCAUUACUGCCAGAUAUGCAAUACCUGGCUCAGUGGGCACAUCGUGAACGUCAAAAAGCAUGAGCAGUCCACUCGGCAUUUAGAAAAUGCACGGCAGCAAUUGAAAGAUGCGUACCAGCGGCAUCAGGACAAGCAGAAGCAGGAAAGUUUGCUUCAGCGGGAGCUGCAGCGAAUGGAAGCUGCUGCUGCUGCUGCCAUGCGUAACGAUGAAGCUCUUGUUGCAUCUCGGAGUGGCAGGCACAGAGAGAACCUGAGAGAGACAACUAGCUGGGCGUGCGGCCCUUCACCCUACGAUCAGCUACAGGCUCAGCGGGAGGAAAAAAAUAGGAUCCAGAACUUUCACAACGAGAGGAACCCUAAAAGGCCAACUGCAACAGGUGCCAACGUUGACGGCAAUAACAGCGAUAGCACCAGCAAUAUCGCAUACAGGAGCGACUCUUGGGAAUUUGUGACAGACCAGGGACUUCCUUUUUUCCGAAAUAAACUUUCUGGAGAGGUUUCAUGGACACCACCACCUGGCGCCAGCUAUGUUGCAGCAGCUGCUGCAGCAACUGCUGCUGCCGCAGCUGUGCCCGCCGCUGUGGCAGCAGCUGCUACAAGUGCUGUUCCAGCACGCCCAGCCCUUCGGAUAAUUUCCGUCAAAAAGCCAGCAAAUAAGGAGCAGCCAGACAGGUCGGGUAUUGUCUCGUCAUCUUCUGCUGCAGCCGCGGAUGAUUCUGCAGCGCGCAGUUCUGUUGAAGCACCACGGGUUUCUAAUGCUGAGGUAGCACCGUCUGUUGAUGCCGUGCCCUCAUCCGUAGCGGGAGCUCCGCCUGGCUCUACCACUUCGACGACUGCUGCCGAUUCACCACUUGUUGCUACAACGCUGCCAGCUGCACCUGCAGGUUCACUCGCUCAUUCUGCAGCAGCACAGGCAAGUAUCAAAGCAGAAACCCGUGAUUCAUCAAGCGCUGACGGCGCAGCUUAUGGUGCUGCUUCAGCUAUUGACUUCGCCGAUGUCCCUGCUGUAUCUUCUGUCGGUUUGGUGCCUGACUUCAUUCCGUCGGGAUGCGGCGACAAGAACGAAAGCAUUCCUCCCGACUAUGUGUUGAAGAGUGGCCAUAAGGGUGUAGGCUUGUAUAGAGACCGGCCCGUGCAGCGCGAACAUAAUCGUUGCAAGGAGCGACACUUCUCAAGUGGUUCAAGGCUGCUUCAUCGCGAGCACUUGCGACAGCAGCAGGACGCACAAGAGCACCACGGUCAACAACAGCACAAGACAACAGUUCGUCUUAAGCGCACUAGAGAGGAAGAGGAGACAGCGCCGCGUGGCCCGUCAACCGGUGCCGCUGCUGCUAUAGCUGCUGCGGCAGCAGAAGCUGCGGCAGCUGCAGCAAGUCUGUGGGGAAACGACGAAGUACCAGCAACAGCGAUUUCGGAGGAGGAACGCAGCAACGAAAACAGCAUCAGAGCCGAGCCAACAGCAGCAACAGAAUCUGUGGUUCACGAAGUGCCUCAUCCUCAGGGCGUCAGAGAGAGCCUCAAUGGAGCGAUUGAAGAGGACGAGAGCCACAGCUUACUACAGGAAAAAGAAAAAACAAAAGAAGCAGCAAAUGCCCCAACAGAAGAGAAUACAGAAGCAGGUAAACAAACAAUUCCUGCUGCAGAGGGCCCCACGAUUGGCCCUUGGGUAGAAGCCAAGGAGGACGGAUGGAAUGCGAUCGCUAGCAGGCAACAGCGGGAGCAGCAACUGCUAAUGCUGCAUCAGCAGCAAGCUCAGGAGCAACAGGAAGGACAGCAGGCAGAUGAUGACGUGGCACGAUUACGGCGACUACGGGCUCAAGUGAAGCGGCACGGUAUCCACCAUGACUUUUCAUGGAGAAAGGAAGGAGAAGCGGCUUACGUAUACAACACCAACAGCAGCACCGGCGGGCAGGGCAUUGAAAUCCGCAGCCGACAACGCCCGGCGGCGUCUCGUCAACAAAUAGAACAAACAGAAGAAGCUGAGUGA